GGCUUAUCUUAUCCGCGCAGCCUAACGUAGCGCAUGGGCGUCGUUGCCUUCCUCCGGCCGCGAGCAUUGUCGUCCUGCUUCGGGAAGCGUUCGCAUUCGCAGCAAGCAAGAUGGAGCCUUCAAAUGUGUCUUCUACUCGAUCUUGAAAGAAUGUAUGACCAAUCGAUUUGGCGAGAUACAUCCGGCACAAAUGAAACGCAUGGCGGGACUAAUUACGGAAAAUGCUCGAAAGUUCACCAACGAUGGAAAAGUGCGCUGCAUUGACGUCGGCAUCUUGGCAGUUCUACUGAUGAAAAUGGGCUGGGAUGAAGACAAAGCGCUGUCCGCUGCCAGCAAGCAGAAGUCGAUCACUCACGCGUUGUCAUUCCUCAAGACUGCUGUUUUCAUUGACUGCACGGUGUGCGCUGUCAGCUUUCCGGAGAGUGACUUGUCUAAAAACAGAUUGAAACCGUGCGGGCACGCUGCCUGUGCGGUUUGCUUGAAGACCCAUUUUGACAAAGAAUCAUAUAAAGGAAAACUGACAUGCGUGGAAUGCAUGAUGGAGGUUCCGCAAUCCAUCAAUGUUGAGUUGCUGAAACGCAUCUUCGGGAAAGAUUACGGUUCGUUUGACGAGUCCUUGCUUCACCAUAGCUUGGAACGUGAACAAGAGCUCAAGUACUGCGCAAACAAAAAGUGUGGAGCCAGCUUCAGCGUCCCGAGAGACCUGAGGAAGAUGCACUGCCCUUACUGCAAAACACUUGCAUGUGCGAAAUGCGGGUGCACAUGGCGCAAGGAGCACGAGAACAGAUCGUGCGAGGAUUUCAAGAAGUGGAAAAGCGAAAAUGAUCCGAACGAUCCUGAAUUUCAAUCGCAAGACUUGAUCAGCAAGACUGCCAUCCUGUGCCCCAAUUGCAAAAUGCCGUACUUCAAAGCCAGAGGCGGCUGUGCCCACUUCACAUGCGCGAACUGCAAGAAAGAGUUUUGCGAAUGCUGCAAGACAGAAUUUUGGAAGGGACAGGCAUGCGGCAACGAAGCUUGCAAGAGCCUAGGCAUGCACGGUCACCACCCAAGGAAUUGCUUUUUCUACACUAGAGAUUACUCGCAUGAAGAUCUCGUUAAAUUCCUCAAGGACGCGAAUGUUGCUGUCGACGAAACGGUCCCGGAAGAUUCAACGGCCACAUGCUCUGUUGGUGUCACCAAUGAUGACUAUCGUGACUCACCAUGUGGAGUCCAAGUACUGAAGGCGGGAAAGUGCGAGAAGCACUACAAGGAGUAUCUCUGCGAUUUGAUUUUCCGUGAUCGCGUAGACGUUCUGAGCACUUGGACUAUGGACAAGCUGGAAAACGAACUCCGGAAACACAACAAAGAGGUUCCCGAGUUCCCCCCGAUGCCUAGUCAUGAACUAUUAGAACGCCUCCGCGAGGUUGUGGCCCAGGUUCUGCCACUUGCGCCUUAAAUCGCUGGAAAAAGAGCAAGCUCACAAAUAAUGCUUUUCUAACUGUGAUGGCCUUGGAAUGUGUGAUUUGCUGUGUGCCGCGCUUUUCAAUGAAACGGAAUAAAAAAUAUAUGCUGAA